AUGCAUGAUGGCGCGUCGACCGCAGCCGCCUCCCUUCCCGGUAUAUGCCCGCGCCGCGCCUGCAACUGCCCCCGCCGGAGGCAGGGUGGCCACCACGCGGCCGCAACCAUCGCAGACCGCGCUGCAAAGUGGAUUGGCCACCGAGCUCGCAUCCUAGGCGGCAUCGCCGCGCCGCGCACGAAGCCACCAAGAGUUGUUGCCUGGCGGCUCCUCGCGAUCUGGCCGUCUCGCGCCAGCCGUGAUGCUCGAAGGGUGGAGAAGCCCCGCCUGGCGAUGCUCAUGAACUGCCUGCUCUGGUUCUUUUACGGGCUCCCCAUCGUCCACCCCAACAGCACCCUCGUCCUCACCAUCAACGGCAUCGGCCUAGUUAUUGAGAGCGCCUACAUCAUCAUCUUCAUCAUCUACGCGGCCAAGAACACAAGGUGGAAGAUGCUCGGCGUGCUCGCCCUCGAGGCGGCAUUCAUGGCUGCCGUGGUGGCCGGCGUGCUCCUCGGUGCCCACACCCAUGCGAAGCGCUCCAUGAUCGUAGGCAUCCUCUGCGUCAUCUUCGGCUCCAUCAUGUACGCCUCCCCGCUCACCAUCAUGGGCAAAGUGAUCAGGACCAAGAGUGUGGGGUACAUGCCAUUCUUCCUGUCGCUGGUGAACUUCCUCAACGGCUGCUGCUGGACAGGCUAUGCGCUCAUCAAGUUUGACAUCUACAUCACGAUCCCCAAUGGCCUCGGUACAAUCUUCGGCCUCAUCCAGCUGAUCCUCUACAUUUACUACUACAGGUCGACCCCCAAGAAGGGCAAGAAUGUCGAACUGCCCACCGUCCUCACAAAAAACGCCAUUACCAGUGGCAACGUCUCCGUAACCGUCGAGAAAUAAGCUGGCUUUGUUUUUAGCCCUAACGAAUUUGUGCAGUUAAUACCGGAUGAUACUUCAAC